GGGGUAGUGGUAACCUCGGAGUUUCCCAUCAGGAUACUACUCUGGCCCCGUGUUCGAUUCACGGUUAGUGCAUGCUAAGAACCCAUUGAAGCAAACUUCAAUUUUGCCAUUUUUUGCUACUUAUCCUUAAAGUAUAGCGUUCUAUUCUCAGCAUAUUUCAUUAUAGUAUAGUAUAUUUAAAAGUAUUUGGGACUGCGUUUGAAAUAUCUGAGUAGUUAGUCUCGAUUUUGCGUCGAAAACCUUCACGUCUAUAAUGUUAAUACGAGGUUCAGUGCUGGAAGCGUAUUUGUCUUCCUACGGUGGAGGAAGAGCCAAUACAAUUAAGCACCCCACUUUUCCGCGGGGUAGAUCUGAAGAGCUUAGGCCUCUGGGCGCUUCGCCAGGCGUCGUCACUCAAACAUUUAAUUUUGGCAACUGAAAUUCCCAAGCGUCAUAAUGAAUUCUACCAGCACGUAGUCUCUCAAUCCUUCCUCUACACACCUCCCUUACCUCUCUAACUACUACUUUACGAAUAUAAUACCUACCACCGAUACAUCUGCUAUCCCGCAAAAUGAGCGCCAAAGGCGACAAGAUCGAAAAGAUCAUAGCCCGACUGCAGCAGCGGAUUGCUGAGGGGCAGUUCUACGAAGCCCAGCAACAAACCCGAGUUGUCGCUGCGCGGUAUAUAAAAGCGUCGAACUGGAGUGCCGCUAUCGAUAUCCUAUACAAUGUUGCGCAGUCACUUUUAAAAGCCGGUCAAGGUGGUAGCGGUGGGGAUCUUUGUGUGCUGCUGGUCGACACCUACAAGCAGGCCGAGCUGAAGCCCGACUCGGCUACCAAGGGCAAGCUCCUUACUUGUCUACGAUUAUUCGAUAGUGAGGAACCGACUCGCAAGAAAUACAUUGGGGAGAUGAUAGCAUGGUCCUCUAAAUUCGGCGAAUACCCCGCGGGCGAUCCCGAACUCCAUCACGUCGCAGGUUCCCUAUACGCGGAAGAGCACGAGCCGUACGAUGCGGAGAAGCACUUGCUUCUAGGCACGAAGGACUCAGCCGAGGUUUUGGCUCGUCUCGAAUACGAGUGGUUUAAAGAGGAUGAUGCACAUACAGCCGCCUUAUACGCCGCCCGAGGAAUCCUGCCGUACCUUCUGACGGGUAACAUCCGCGCUGCCAAUACGUGUUACCGCCUUUUCACAAGUUCCCUCAACCAAGACAAGUCGAGCCAACUCGGCAUUCAAGAUGUCAGCAGCAAUAGCGUCGACAUACGAAUCUAUCCCAGCAUACCGCUGCUCAAUUUCCUAGGCCUUCUCCUACUCGCCGUCCAACGAGCCAAUGCGGACCUAUACAAGCAACUGCAUAACAAAUAUGCCAGUCUACUGGGAGAAGUUGAUGCGUGGCAUGAGUCUCUAGAAAUGAUUGCAGAGAUGUACUUCGGUAUCCAGAAGCCGCGGCAAAGCAACCCGCUUAUGGACAUGAUGAGCGGCUUCUUCGGUAACACUGGUAGUGGUGGUGCGCCGGGAAGUGGUGCAAGAAGACCGGCCGUUCAGGCUCCUGCGUCGAUGCCGGCUGCUGAGGGAUUGGAUUAGGUCAUCUAAAAGCCCUGUUCUUGAAGUAGCAUCACGUGAGCAUGUCUUGAUGACAUUAAUAAUUAGGUAUGACUAUUCAUGAUGAAGUCGUGGUUCCUCCGGCUCGUACAUCCAAUUAUCUUCGGAGAGUGCCGCUACUUGUGCUCUCAUACU